AUGGAUGUCAAAACAAAAAGGAGAGCUGAUGUAGAGAAUGGUGUUGAUGAAGGAGAAGACCUAGUUCUACAAACUCUGGUUGCCAAUGGAGAUGAUAUUAGUCCUCUUGUCAGGCAUGCCUUUGAAAUGGGGCGCCCCGAAGGGCUCCUACGGCAGCUGAAUUAUGUGGUGAGGAAAAAGGAAGCUGAAAUUGAGGAGAUGUGCAAGACUCACUAUGAGGAAUUCAUCCUUGCGGUUGAUGAACUUCGUGGUGUGUUAGUUGAUGCUGAAGAGCUCAAGAGUGAACUCCAAAGUGAUAAUUUUAAGCUGCAGCAGGUUGGCAGCAUCAUUCUUGUCAAGCUUGAGGAGCUUCUAGAAUCUUAUACAGUCAAGAAGAAUGUGACAGAAGCUGUAAAAAUGUCAAAGAACUGUAUGAAGGUGUUGGAGCUUUGUGUCAAGUGCAACGAUCACAUUUCUGAAAGCCAGUUUUAUCCUGCUCUGAAAACUAUUGAUUUGCUGGAGAAGAAUUACAUGCAGAAUAUUCCUGCCAGGGCUCUCAAAAGGGUGAUAGAGAAAAAAAUCCCUUCCAUAAAAACUCACAUUGAGAAGAAAGUAUGUAGUCAAGUUAAUGAAUGGAUGGUCCAAAUUCGAAGUUCUUGUAAAAUAAUUGGGCAAACGGCAAUUGGCCGGGCUGCAUCAGUUCGUCAGAGGGAUGAGGAAAUGCUGGAAAGGAAGCGAAAGGCCGAGGAAUUAAAUAUUUCUGGAGUUGAUGAUCAAGCUUAUUGUUUGGUGGUUGAAGAAGAUGAAGAUUCUGCUAUGAAGUUCGAUCUCACGCCUCUUUACCGUGCUUGUCAUAUUCAUGGUUGCCUGGGGAUCCGAGAGCAGUUUCAUGAAUAUUACUAUAAGAAUAGAUUGUUACAAUUGAAUUCAGAUUUGGAAAUAUCUUCGGCGCAACCUUUCGUUGAAUCAUAUCAGACAUUUUUGGCUCAAAUUGUUGGGUACUUCAUAGUGGAGGAUAAGGUCCUGAGGACUGGUGGUGGGCUACUAGUACCUGACAAGGUCGAAACUAUGUGGGAAACUGCUUUGGCAAAAAUAACAUCAAUGUUGGACGUGCAAUUCUCCCAUAUGAACUCUGCCACCCAUCUUCUCCUAGUUAAGGAUUAUGUUACUCUUCUUGGGUCUACUCUUAGACAAUAUGGAUAUGACAUUGGUCAACUUCUUGAUGUGCUUGAUAAUAGCUGUGACAAAUACCAUAGACUUCUUUUAGAAGAAUGUCGGAGCCAAACUCAAGAUGUUCUUGGCAACGACUCAUAUGAGCAGAUGGUGAUAAAAAAGGAUACUGACUAUGAGAAUCAUGUUCUGUCAUUUAAUAUUCAAACAUCUGAUAUUAUGCCUGCUUUUCCAUAUGUUGCACCAUUCUCCUCCAUGGUGCCUGAUGCUUGUCGCAUUGUGAGAUCCUUCAUUAAAAGCUCUGUUGAUUACUUGUCUUACGGUGUACGUACUGGUUUCUUUGAUGUUGUGAGAAAGUAUUUGGACAAGUACCUGAUUGAAGUAUUAAAUGAAACUUUACUUGAUACAAUAAAUAGUGGAAAUAUUAGUGUGUCUCAAGCCAUGCAGCUUGCUGCAAACAUAGCUGUUCUUGAAAGAGCUUGUGAUUAUUUCCUUAGACAUGCAGCUCAACUGAGCUGUGUCCCAGUUCGAACAGUUGAGAAGCCCCAAGCUACUUUAACUGCAAAGGUGUUACUGAAGACUUCGAGGGAUGCAGCUUAUAUUACUUUGCUCAGUUUGGUAAACAAAAAAUUAGAUGAAUAUAUGAAUCUUAUAGAAAUUAUCAACUGGACUUCAGAGGAGCCAAAGCCAAAUGGAAAUGAGUACAUAAAUGAAGUGAUCUUUUACCUUGAUUCACUUAUGUCCACAGCCCAACAAAUUUUACCCUUAGAUGCUAUGUACAAGGUUGGAACUGGUGCACUUGAGCAUAUUUCCAAUAUAAUUGUGGGUGCUUUCCUUAGUGAUAUUGUCAAAAGGUUUAAUGCAAAUGCAGUUAUGAAUAUAAACAAUGACCUUAAGAUGCUAGAGGACUUUGCACAUGAGAGGUUCUAUACUUCUGGCUUGGGUGAAAUUUACAGGGAAGGUAGUUUUAAGAGCUGUUUGAUAGAAGCACGACAAUUAAUUAAUCUUCUGUCAAGUAGUCAGCCUGAGAACUUCAUGAAUCCUGUUAUAAGAGAGAAAAAUUACUAUGCGUUGGAUUAUAAGAAGGUAGGCAGCAUUUGUGAUAAAUUCAAGGAUUCUGCAGAUGGGAUCUUUGGAAGUCUUUCGAAUAAAAAUACAAAGCAAACUGCUAAAAAGAAAUCAAUGGACAUGCUCAAAAAGCGACUUAAGGAUUUCAAUUGACUAGACUUGGAAAACUAUUCUUUCAUUUCA